AUGCCUUCCGACUUUGAAAAUGACUAUACAUACCUGGGAACAUCCCUACCCACGGGAAACGACAAGAAGCCCUACCGGACCCCCUCAAACCCAAUGUCGCGCCGCCCAUCGCUCCACCGCAGAGAUUCGUCUCCAGGACCCGCCUCCUCCCCUCCGCGCUUCAACUCCGACAACCGGUACGAAUCCGAUGGGCCUGUCAGCCCAAUUGACGCCGCAAAUGAUGAGACAAUUUCUCCCCUAGAUCCUCGACGGUUCACCCCAACCUUACAUGCCUCUCUCGUUUCCGAGAUCUUGUCCCUGCGCCGCGACAUGGAGGCGAAAGCGAAGGCAAUUGAUUCUCUUGAGAUGACCCUGGAAACGGCAAAGUCGGAAGCGGAGUCUUUGAGCGAGACGCUCGCAAGGAGCUCCAAGGAGAACCGUUCAUUGAAAAAGCAGAUACAGCUUCUUGAGGGCGGUUCCAUGUCUGCUAUGACAGAAUUGUCCAAGGAGCGUGAUGAUGCUUUAGAGAACAUUGCGGAUUUCCGCAAAAGACUUGAACAGUCACAGAAAAGAGCGCGUACUCAGGAAGAAGAAAUUGAACGGACCCAAAGGCUGUGGGAGCGGGAUAAGCAGAAUUGGGAGGAAGAGCGGAGGAACUGGGAACGGAAAGUCCACGUCGUCGAGGGACGUCUGAAAGUUGUUCUCAACGAGGUUGCAGCAGCUCAGGCAGCAGGUUCAUUUCCUCGUGGUGUUGAUGGAGACUUUGAUGAUUCUGUUCGUGAUGGCAUGAUGGCAAAGGGUAGUGACACCAACAGCAUCCGCUCGGGCAGUGUCAUGGGACGGCGACGUACGAGCACUGCAAGCGUAAGUACCCAUGACGGCGAUCUGCAUAAUGUAAGGUACUCCGUCAUGAGUUUUGCCAAUGGCCAUGGACACAAGGUGGACGGCUUGAACCUAGCAGACGAACUCGCAUUUGACGAGGAAGAGGAAGACACAUUGGGUCUAGAUGACCGACCUGAUUCGAGAUGCACGGUUCCUGACCACGAAAGGCCCAUAUCAAUGCAAUCGCGACGGAUGAGCAGCAGGAUGGCCCGGCGUACGUUCGAAAUACCACUUGACGGGCAUGAAAGGUUCGGCACUCCCGAUGUGCUUGAUCAUCCAAAAAAUCUGAAUGUGAUUCCGGAUGUCGAACAAAAUGAAAAGAGGACUACCGCUGUACCACAAUUGGAAUAUAGGGACAUCGGAAUCCAAUAUACUCCACCUCCAUCCCCUAAGGUUGUACCGGAACCCCAUCAAGUCGUUAUCGAUGAGGCUCCCCCGGUGUAUGGAGCGAGCAAUGAAAAUCAAGAGAAAAAUCAAAUGUCCUCCAGUACAGAACCAAUGCCUGUAUACGAAUCGAAGGACAGUAGCACCGUCACUGCGCCUGUCCUCACCACCUCUUCUGCAUGCCAGACAACUGGAGAGCCUCCAAGCCCUCCUUCAACCCCAACAGUUGAAGAAAUUCCAUCAGAGGAGUCCACACCCAUAGCUUCUCAGGGCUCCCGUGACUGA